CAUCAUCAUCAUCAUCAUCAUCAUUAUAUUGCAAUUCUAUGACCCAUAGCAACAUAUUAGCUAUUAAACAUUCAUGUUUCAAUCAUGAAAAUAAUCAUGAAAAUUAUAUAUGUGUUAUGAAUAAAACUCCUGAAAAGUGUUUAAAAUGUAAUGAAACCUUAGAAAAUGAAAUGAUUACUCAAUUGUUGCCACCCUAUUCAAAUGCACAUCAAUCAAUAUUGUUUACAUCAUAUCCAUUAUCUAGGAUUGCAUUUAUUUCAUCAGAUAGUAACAGUAAUACUAGUAAUAAUAGUAGUACUAGUAGUAGUAGUAGUAGUAUUGUACAUUAUCAACCAAAUACAAAUUUACAUUGUGGUGUAGUUGAUUCACAAGGUAAAGUCUAUCAUUAUACAAAUCAAUAUGGUAUACAAUAUGAUACAAUUGGUUGGGAACAAUCUAUCAUUAUCAAUGUAUCCGAAGUUACUAAAUCUCAUAGUUUAACAUCAUUCAAAUGGAAUGAAAUUAUUUAUAGUGUUGUGAAUGAUUUCAAACAAUCUUAUCCUAAUAGAAUGAUACAGCAUAAUGAUUAUGAUUGUUUAGAUUUUGUUGUGGAUAUAAUCAAAUAUGCUAUUGAUGAUCAACAAAUCAAUCGUAUCUUAAUAGCACAAUGGUUAUCCAUACAACUUGAAUGGAUUAUAUUAUAUGAGAAUAUAAGAAAACAAUUAGAAUCUGGUUCAUUACAAGUGAUUAGUAAACUUCAUCAUAUUGUGUAACUUGUCAAUUGUAAUGUCAUUUACUUAUUGAUCAAUUGAAUAUAUGGAUCUAUUUCAUUA